AGUCUCUUCUGUCCUGUGUGCUGUGACAUCUUCAAGGAUCCUGUUAUCCUGUCAUGUGGUCACAGUAUCUGUGAAGUCUGUCUGCAGGAAUACUGGAAAGAUGAAAUCUCAGGAAUGUCCAGUUUGCAGAAGGAAAUCCUCCAAAGAUUGGCCUUCUCCCAUCUUUUCUCUAUAGAGCCUGUGUGAGACCUUCUCAGAGUCACAGCUAGUUGGUCAGACAGUUUUAGAAAGAUGGUCUGAGGUGCUCUGCAGUCUGCACAGAGAGAAACACAAGCUCUUCCCAUCUGGUUGGUGUGUCGGGAUUCAAGAAAACACUAAAAGCAUGACUGCAUCCCGGAAGAAGAGGCUGGAACAGGAUCACAACGUAGAAAUAUGUUAUAAUUUUAUUUGUAUCUGUUCAAUAAUUAAAAUGUAUUAGCAUGAUUCGAUGUCUGUGUUAAGUUGAACAAUAACGUUACCUGAGAAAUGUAUUUCUUAUUCCUGACAGUGAUGUGAUUUUAUUGACAUGAAAGAUAGGCUAGAUACCUGCACUCACAGGUAGAAGGUUGAAACGUUGCACUCAAUAAAACAGAGUGCAUUCAACAGCUUUUAACAGCGUGUGGUACCUUUCUUUCCAUGACUUUACAUUUUCUGCAAUUGACUGGAUAAGCCUUUACAACAUUUUAUUUUAUUGACAACAAUAAAGCAAGUAUCAAUGUUUCAUUGUCGGAGGAACUCCAGACUGUCCUGAAACCCUUACAGGAGAAGCUGGAAGUCUUUCAUGAAGUUAGACUAACCUGUGAUCAAACAGUUGAACAUAUU